UUCAUAGCUAUAAUUCAGUAUGUAAGUCGUGUACCGAUAUAACUAAGUUGUGUUUCAAUACCAGUUAAAUCGUCAGCUUUCUUACUGACACAUGCACUCGCCUAGACAUGUUGCUUCACUACGCUGCUCAUUUAACAUGAACAGCUCUGACAUUUUGUCACGUAGACGGCAUACAUAACCUUACUGCUAGCACGGCCACCAGGGUCUCGGAAGGAUAGUUUGUUAGUCGUCUGAGCGAGAAGCUCAGAGUCAACGUGGUUCAGGCUUCGUCACGACUUGCCGCGUCCUGUAUUUCCUGCCUCCAUUGUGUCGCAAGCUGCCGAGCGAGGCCCCGAGCAGCGGGGACGUGGCAACGCCGCGCGCGGCGGGUGUCCGGUGGCGCCACGCGGCGGCCGCAACACGAAGCUGCGGGCCAGUGGUCCGGUCGCCUCGCCUCGAGUCGCAGUGCCAGUCCCGCUGCGGUUCACAAGAUGGAGGUGUGCGUGUCGGCGAGCCUGCGUCGUGGUCGGCGUCGCGGCGCGAUCACGCGGUGCGUCCCGUGCGUGCGUGGUGCGUGAUUCGCCGGCGAGUGACAUGUGGACCACGUGAUCGGAACUGUUUCCACUCACGUGGACGUGGACGCAGUAGUUUUAUUUUUGUGUAUUUGUCGUACAUAACGUCUUAUCAAGAACAUUAGCUGUUAAAUAACACGUACACGGUCCGUUAUUUGUUAACGACACUGUGUACGUUCCGUGACAACUGCGUCUCCGAUGUUGGAAGUUGAAUUUCACUGACGCAUACAGUGCGGUGUUUAGUGACGUAGGUCUUCAGAUAGGGGUCAAGUGAUUUUUUUGGGAAGUGGGCCGUGUUUGUGCGAGUGUUUGUCACACUCUAGUCGACCUUGGCCUGGGUUUUCGAUUGCCAAGUGUUGCGUGUGGUUAAAUGAAAAUAUCCCAACUCUGAGAGUGAUGCUGUGUUAAUGGUGUGGAUGGCAUUUGUUUAAAAAUACUUUCGGCAAUUAUUGUGUGUGAUCCUUUUAGCUACUGGGAGUUUUGCAACACAUGACCACCGCAGUCUCGGAAAAUGCAUGGUGAGUGCAGUCGGCCGAUCGCAGCGGCCAGCGGGCGAGACCACAGCAGUAGCAGUCACUCGGCCUGGCCCAUGUGACCUCCAAGACCCUUUGUGGGUCAAGAUGAGUACUGCAGUCUCAGGGGGUUCAACCAAGAAACGAAAAAAAUCAGAUACCAAGCCUCAGUCGCAGAUCAAUAAGUGCCUUAAUGAGAAACGGCGACGGGAGCAAGAGAACAUCUAUAUUGAAGAGCUGGCUGAGCUGAUUUCUGCCAGCUUUGUUGACAUGAGCUCGCGCUCCGUCAAACCCGACAAGUGCGCCAUCCUCCAAGAAACUGUCAACCAGAUUCGUCAUAUAAAGGAGCAGGAAGGUCCAAGUAGUGAUGCUGUUCAGCAAGGAGAAGUCUCUUCAUCUAGACCCACUAUCUUGCCUAACGACGUGAUAGGACCCUUGCUUUUAGAAGCCCUAGAGGGCUUCUUGUUUGUGGUGAACACGGAUGGGAAGAUAGAGUACGUGACGGAGAAUGUGUCACAGUUCAUCAAAUAUGCCAAGGAUGAUCUUGUUGGAGAGAGCAUCUACAACAUCAUUCACCAUGGAGACCACGCUCGGUUCAGUGCAAGCCUGCUGCCCAUGUCGAUAGCUUGGACUAGUGAGUCGUCGGCGAAUAGCAAAGGCAAGGAUAUUUGUUGUCGCUUUCUGGUUAAGCCUCCUGAUGAUCAGGACGAAACUAUGGAAGAAAAGCAACAACGUGUAUCCAAGUAUGAAAAUAUGCAGGUGACAUCCACACUCCUCCCAUUCCCAAGUGAGAAGACUGAUGGUGGUGGCGUGAGCUCGGAGUCUGCCGAAGUCGGUCCGUGCCUGAUGUGCGUCGCCCGUAGGGUGCCUCAGAGUGAGAAGAAUAUAGGGACGCCCAUCGAGCAGUUCACCACCAAACUGGAACCUAGCGGGAAGAUCAUCAGCGUCGACACAAGCGGAGUAUCUUCUACGUAUUCACAGUACCUUAACAAAGACAUAAUAGACCACAUAAUCCAGGAGCUGUGCGACAGCCAGGACUUCCAGAAGGUGUCGAGCCACCUGAAGGAGACGUUGAGCGGGGGCUCCCACACCAGCGUGCCGUACCGGCUGUGCGUCAUGAACCCAGACAAGUACAUACAGGUGCAGACCAAGUCCAAGUUCUUCAAGUCCAGCUCCGUCUCCGAGCCGGACUUCAUCAUGGCCACCCACUCCAUCAUCGGGGACACAGAGCCGCUCCCCACAGACUGCGGUCACCUCUCCAACUCCCACGCGACCAACUCCCCCAGCCCGGUGAACGGGGGCGGGGUGGUGACCUCGAGCGGGUUCGCGCCCCCCAGCACGCCUGGUGAGCUGGGCAACACCAUCACCCUGAACGCAAGCACGUCCUACGCCACCUUCACCCUCGCCAGCAAUGACAUCAGCCUCAACGACUUCGACCUGUUCCCCUCGUCUACGUGGGACCUGGUGGGAAGCGAGGGGGGCGGGGGCGGAGGGGCAGGAGGCCCCGUGUGGGGGGAGAGUCGCCCGGACUCCCGCCAGAGCUCUCACAGCCCGGCGGGGCCCGGCUACAGUCCCUACCAACCCGCCCAGCCCAGUCCGGCCAACACCCCUGCCCACCCGUUCGGUAACCCCGGGUUCCCGUUCAGCCCCCUGCAGGAGUCGGUGGUGGGGGGCCCCGCCUUCUUGCUGGACGAUGGAAAGGACUCGAAGGAGGGCGUGCUGGAAGGUGGAGAGAGCAACAGCGUACCUGGGGACUCGGGACGACUGCGCAACCUGCUGACGAAGCGUGCGAGCACCAGCGCGGAGGAGAGCGAGGACGGCGAGCAGCACAGGAUACUGAAGGGCUUGUUGAACCAGGAGGACGACGAGGAGGUGAAGAGUCCUGCCGGCCGGAGUCACGCGUCUAGGUCCUCUACCGGCAACAACAUGCUGCUCAAGCUGCUGAACGAGAAGAACGAUGAAGAUGACUUUGAGAACCAGAAGCAGAACGAGCUGCUCCACCAGCUGAUGAAGAAGGGGAGUGACGACUGCAAGCCCCCGCUGUCCGUUGACACGGGCCAGCACUCGCACCCGCCUGGCUCGGAUGACGACUUGCUCAAGAGCCUGGGGUUCCCUAACCGAUCAUCACCAUCGCCGCCAGGGGGUGUGACAGUGGGGGCAGGGUCCCCUCGCAAGCGCUCUUCAGACGAGGGGAGUGACCCUGGUCCGGCGGGCAAGCGGCCGGCAGAGCACCACCCGCCCCCGCCUGGCAACAGCGAGCUGUGGAAGAAGAACAAGAUGCUGGCAUCACUGCUGGCGAAGCAGCCGUCCACCCCCACAACCAUACCUCCCAUACCUCCGUCGAUAAUCACAGCAACUCCACAGGAGAAGUUGCCUCGAAUUAUUGACCGUGUGAAGCAUCAGCAUCAGCAGCAUCAGCAGCAACAACAGCAGCAGCAGCAGCAGCAGCAACAGCAGCAACAGCAACAGCAACAGCAACAAUCGCAACAACCGCCGCCACCAGCGUGGUCUGGUGGCAGCCUUCAGCCUCCGUCCUCCAGCUCGUUGCCCGCCGGCCGACCCAAUCACUCGGUGGAAGCGAGGCCGGGCGCCCGCCACCCUCAGCCGACUGCGAGGCACGCCGGCCACAGCUUCCUCAACCAGAUCCUGAACCAGGACCACCAGCAGAAGCUGCAGCAGCAGCAGCAGCAGCAGCAGCAUCAGCAUCACCAGCAGCUGCAGCAGCAACAGCAGCAGCAGUUGCAGCAGCGGAUAGCCCAGCUGGAGGGGGUGGGCUUCCCCUCACCGUCCAACUCGGUAGAGUACCGGGCGGGCACGGUUCUGGCGGCAGACAGCCCUGGCUGGGACAACCAGUCCUCGGAUCCCCUCUUGUCGGACAUCUUGGAUCAGGUCAUCGACAUCACGGGCAAUGUGACUGACUCAACCACGAUCCUGAAUAUUCUGGACAUCAUCGACUCGCCUUCGAGCGUGGGUUUCCAGCAGGAGAUGCAGAACGAGAAGAAGGCGAUACACGAGAUACAGAAAGCGCUAAUGAUGUGCGAAUCUGAUGUAAACAGUCCUUCGCCCCCUUCUCUCACAUUGGCGGCAACACCGCCAGCUUACAGUGCUGCAUCGCUGACAGGCCAGCAGGCGCCGGGGGCAGGCUUCCCGCCGCCACCCGUGUACCAGCAGAGGCCGCGGUUCACCGCGCAGCUGGCUGGGAGGGCAGGUGUACCGCAGUACGGCAUCACCGGGACCGCGUUGCUCAACCAGCACCAGAUGCUGCGCACAAAGAUGCUGCAGCAGCAGCAACAAAAGCAGCGUCUGCUGCAGCAACAGCAGCAGCAGCAACUGCUGAUUCCCUCCAAUGCGGCGGCUGACCAGCUGGCGGCGACGGGUCUCCAGAACAUAGACAGCCUGCUGAACAACACGGUCGCCCCUAACGUCUCCUUGCAGCGGUCUGCAAGCGUUCCUGAGUCGCAGCUGUCCCCGAGCUACAGCAGCCAAAUGAUUGGCGGUGCAGCUCAGAUCUCUCCGGGGCAGAGACUGAACCAGCAGCAGCCUUACUCCCCCCACUCGCAGCUGGCCUCGCCGCUCGGGCAGCAGCAAGGCUUCUCCCCUGUCAGUGGGAUGAGUAACUUUGGUAGCAGUCAGCAGGGCGGCCAGUCCCGCCUCUCCCCUCACCCUCCUGGCAGUCUGUCCACCUUCCAGCCGUCUCAGCUGUCGCCUCGUAUCUCCCAGGGUCAGCAGCCUUACUCGACAGCCAUGUCGCAAGGCAGCCUGACCCAGCCUUCCCCCACCGCCCCCAACUGGUCGCAAGCAGCAGUCUCCAGGCUCAGCCUGCAGCAGCAGCAGAAUCCCAUGCUCAACGCCCAGCUCACAAACAGCUACGGAGGGAACAGUCAAGGCUUCCCCACCCAACGGCAGCAAGCGCAACAGCAGCAACAGCAGCAGCAGCAGCAACAACAGCAGCAGCAGCAGCGGCAGCAACAACAGCAGCAGCAGCAACAGCAGCAAGGCACCCCACAGCAGCAACUACCUCCCGUGCGGUCCCUGGCGAGUCCAGGCGGGCCUCGGCAGUCCCCGUACUCGGGAGAGCAGUUCCCCCCUCCCAGCUCUCCUACCGCGGGCUCCUACCCCGGCCAGCCACCGUACCAGCAACUAAGGCUGCACCGAACGGUCAGCGCCCCGUCUGCCACCACCCAUCUGCCAGGUGCUGUAGGCUCCCCGCGGCUUUAUGGACUGAAACCGGACCACCUCCACCCCCACCCCCACCCCAUGCUGUCCCCGGGUCCUCCCUACCACCCCCACCACCAUCACCACCACCACCAGCCUCCGCAUCACCACCAUCCCCACCCAAUGAUGUAUUCCCCGCACCCUCCUUCAUCCAUACCACCCCCUGAUGCCCAGUUUUGUUACGAUCAGGCCAGUUUACAAAUAUACAGUCCGAACGACAGAGGUCGUCCCCAACAGACCAUUCACCAGCCGGGUGGGGGCGGCAACGCGGUGACGGACUACGUGCGCAAGGAGCUGAGAGCGAGGCUGGGAACGCGCACUCAGCAGCAGUCGCCGGGCCAGGGGGCGAGGCAGCAACAGGCCCCUCCCCCGGCUCCCCAGCAGCUGCACUUGGGGCUGGGCCAGCAGGCGUCGGCCGCUGACCUCGAGGCCCUGGGGCUCACCUUCGAGAUGACAGCCCCAGGUGACAGCAGUCCAAAAUUGUGGGGUCUCAGUUCUGAAAUGGGAUCAAGUUCUCCUCAACAAGGGCUUUCCUCAAGAAGCAGCAUGGAGGAGCCUUCCCGUCCAAAUGAUCAGAAGGCGUCCGCCUCUUUGCUGCAGAAGCUCUUGUCGGAAUGAAGCUCGUGGCGUGCGUUCACGAAAGCCCGAGGCGAGCGAAACAAUUUUGGGGUUCCUACCAGUGUGCAUUGGCUUUAGCUCAAAAGACACUUUUUAUGUUACAAAUCCAUGGACAAACAAGUAUGGUGUUUAGUUGUUUUAACUACAAAGUGCAUUAAUAUUUAAUUAGUUUUAUUUUCAUGUUAGUUUUGUGCCCAGCUCUCAUCGAGCAGAGAAGUGUGCUGACUGCAAAGUGUCCUGGACAAAGUGUGCACUCAAGAAAGAAGCUAUUACGCUAUGUUCCUGUCACCUUCGCUACUCAUAAUACCUUUGUUUCAGUUCUUGCUCGACUAGACUACUACUACUUCGGGUUUGCAGUUGUGGGGAGCGUCUAACCUAGUCUUGUAUGAGCUCUGUUUACGUUCAUGGCGUGACCUAGUGUAGCAGUCUGGGAGGGUGGCCCCGCAGUUUUAUGAAAUAUCACAUUGUUGAUUCACCUGUUAAAACUUGCUAUUUUGUUACAAAUUUUUUCCUAUAUAUUUUUUAUUAUAAUGAUUGAUUUAACUGGUUGGCCCUUGGAAAAUGUGUGUUCAGUGCAUUUCAAGUGGGCUGAUAGUGCUGCUUAAAUGUAACCACCCAAAGUUAUGUUUAUGUACAGUUUUUAUUAUAUGUCAUUUUAUUGUUGUUGAAGCAGUUGAAUAUAUGAAUUACUUGAAAACGUUACAUACAUGCACUUUUGUAGUUUAAUAUUUAUAAUUGGUUUCGUCUUUUCAGAUCUUAUUGUGUAAUGUUUGUUAUGAAAUUCAAUGUAAUGUAUUUUAUUUAAUAAGGCGAGUGGUUUUUUCGUGUAAUUAAGUGGCUACCCUCCCUAAAUAUGUGAUAUUCCAAAGAUAAUUGAUUGUGUUUUAAGGGGUUUUGAUGUUCAUCUGAAGAAAUCAAACCACUAAAAUUUCUCUAUGAACUUAACAAUUUUCAUUUAAAUCAUGCUAAUUUUUUUUCAUUCUUGAUUUUAUUAAAAAAUUAUUAAGGUACAAUUUAAUGUUUUGGAUGCAGAGUUACAUGUGCAAAACCUUUGUGAGGUGAAAUUGCGUAUCUUCUGUAACGUACUGUUUGUCUGCAGUUCCAUACAGCUACAUGUGCUUGUUAAUGUUGUGGUUUGAUGUGAUCUUUCAAAUCACUGAUCUGAACAUAACAGGAAUUUUCGGCUUUGUUCUCAAAAUAAAAUGCUAUAUCAGGAAUUGCUACAAAUGUCCACCCAUUUUUAUUAAAAUUAUAUGUUAUAACAGUACUUGGUGUUUGCCACAGUAUAAAAAUGCAUCAUCUAGAAGUUUCAUUCUUUCAUCUAAAAUUUCCACUUAUUUAUCAAUGUCAUUUUAUCAGUUUUUAAAUGUUAACUCUAACUUAUUGUCUGAGUAGGAGUCCAUUCCUUCUCUUGUUCGUGAUGGCAGGGAACUCGCACAAUAAUUUAAUUGUUUGCUCGUCACUGGUCAGUAGUAUUAGGUAAACACUGAAUUAUCAUAUAUAUAUAUAUAUAUAUAUAUAUAUAUAUAUAUAUAUAUAUAUAUAUAUAUAUAUAUAUAUAUAUAUAUAUAUAGUGAUAUAAUUUUUGGUUGUUCAGUCACAUUUUGUAUUGUUAAGGAGAAAUUUUGUUGCAGCACCAUUAUAAUAAUUGACUGUUCUUAUUCGUUAUGAAAAAUUAUAUGAUUGUUUUUGUGCUGUAAAUGUAUUUGAAUUUAUAAUUAUAUGAUUUCUUUAUAGAUGUGCCAGAGCAUAUAAUUUUUUAACUUUUUUCAACCUAAUAUUUUUUGAAAAUUUUAAGUUUAUUUUACAAAUUAUAAAAAUAAUACGUACAUAAUAAGGUUAAAAUAAUUAUUAAAUUUUCUUAGACCUAGACAAGCGAGGUGGUAACUGUAAUUUAAAAUUCAGCAGGACAUAUUUCUGUACUAAAACACUUUUUGCCUGGAUUUAUCAGGUUAAAACUCAUUAAAAGAUUCUCAUUCUUUUUACCAACAACAAUGGCUUAAUAUCAAAAAUUCUAUUACUGAUAAUAUGCACAUCAUUCUAGCUUAGUUAUUCGGCGAAAUUCAUGAUUUAGCUCGCUAAAAAUCUACCACACAGCAGUCAAUUAAGUGGCAACUCACGCUUAGUAGGUUUACCCUUACUAGCCAGAUUUUGUUUAAAUCUUUUAAAUAUAGGGUUAUGAUUUUUAGUGACUAUAGCGACCACGUGAAUUGAAUUUUAUGAUUUUUUAAACUGAAUAUGAGGGUUAAAGAUAACAUUUUUUGUGGACUAGCACUUAUGAUCUCGGCACUUAAAUAGGCCAUUAAUUUAUUUUUAUUUCAUUCUGACAGUUAUGUAGUACUUUACAUCAGCAUGUUUGAUGGACUAUUGUUCGUUUGUCUAUUACUAAAUAAUUAUUUCCAGCUCUUCUACAAUCUCUCUCCGAAAACAGAUAUUAGUUGUAUUUUAUGUAGUAAUGAUUUGUGACAGAUUUACAUCUCGAGUUUUGUGAGCGUAGUCAGCAGAGUGACACUACUGUGGCUGAAUGAUCUGUGUGGCACUGUCAUCAUUGUGCGAGCUCCCUUGCCAAGUCUUGACUUUCUGUCUGUGUUUUCAACAUCUGUCGUGAUGUGAUGAAGUACAAAAACAUUCGUUGACGACUCUUUAUUAAUAAUGUUAUAUAUAUUCUGCACUUCUCUUUGGAUAAGCAGGCAGGCAGAGAAUUAGCUUAUAAUAUUUCAUAAUAUAUAUAUAUAUAUAUGUAAAUGUAUGUAUGAUAAUUAUAUAGAUUAUAACCUGAGAAAUGUUGACAACAAUAUUUUUUAAAAAAUAAAAGGGAGAAAAAUAAAAUGUUUGCUAUUAAAUUAUGAAAGACAGGAGACUGGUUAAUCAUAAUUUUUUAGGCACGUAACGGUGCUUUAUUUUAUUUUUCCUGUGUGAAAAAAUAUAAGGUUGCAUUAAAUAAAGUUAAAGAAAAGCAGUAAAGUUGUGCAAUUUAUUUUUGGUACUGUUGGUUGUGGGCUGGGGUGGACUGUUUCCAGCCACGCAACAAUUUUUUCAUUGAUUAAAACCAAAGGAUUAAUGUGUUUGUAAAUGACUGUACAGUAUUAGAAACAAAGGUAGCUAUAUUGUAAAAAAAAUGGGAUGAAUUUUUACUGAAUGUAUAUUUACGCAUUAUAUAAAUAAACAAAUAAUUUCAUAAAUUAAA